AUUCAAGAUUCUCAACUACUAAAGCGAUCGAAGAAAGGAACUAAAAACCAAACCAGUGUCUCACUCUCACCCCAGAAACUCAUUGUUGUGUGCCACAACAAACUUCACCAAUGAUGAAAGCCCUCACAAGCUCUUUCUAAGGCCAUGGUCGAGACUCUAGGACCCUUCUCUCCCAGAGUUCCCCUUUGUGUUUCUGAUAGACCCGAAUUCUGCUUCACCCUUCGUUCCAAAGAUGAGAAAAGGGGAUGGAAUUUAUUGCUCCUGAAACUGGUUCGAAACAAUGAUCUUUACCCUGUUCAUGCAGUGCCACCAAAGGACCAGGUGGACUUGGAAACUGUGGAGCCUCAGGCUCAACAGAGUGAACAAACAAAUGAAUCAAAGUUUGUUCGUGUAUCGUUCCAGUUACAAAAGACUUGUAAUUUUGGUGAACAGUUUCUUAUAGUUGGAGGUGGUCCUGUGCUUGGUUCAUGGGACCCUUUAGAGGCAUUACCCAUGACAUGGUCUGAAGGACAUGUAUGGGCUGUGGAGCUGGAUAUGCCUGCUGGACAAACAUUCCAGUAUAAGUUCAUACUGAAAGGAGAAGGGGGGGAUAUUAUUUGGCAGCCGAUUGAUCCAACACUUGGGAAACUAAGAAUAGAAUAGUUGUUCUCAAAGAUUGGGAGAAUGUAGAACUUCAGAAAAUAACAGAGGAAGAUCAACUUGCCGAGCCAAAUGAGGAUUUUGUUACUAAAGUAAAGAUGAAUGUUGUGGCCUGAGGAUUCUGAUUAAUAAAUUACAAGGGGAAAAUAUAAUUAAUUUUUUUUAAAUAUGUUGGAGGUUUUUUUCUUCUA